CUUAAGGCAUGGGUGCUCAACCUGUGGCCCUCUAGCUGUUGCAGAACUACAAGUCCCAUGAGGCCUCCUGUUUGGGUAACAACUGUAAAAUUCUGGAUUUUCAAUCACUUUUUUUGUGAUGACAAUGGUCUAUAGCAGGGGGUGGGCAACUGUGACCCUCCAGCUGUUGGUGAACUACAAGUCCCAUCAUGCCUCUGCCUUUUGGAGUAAUGCUUGUAACUGUCAGUUUUGCAAUGCCUCAUGGGACUUGUAGUUCUACAACAGCUGGAGGGCCACAAUUGCCCUCCCCUGGUCUAUAAGAUACA